UCUCGCUUCUCAUCUCAUAAUAUUCCAAUUAAGAAGCCGGUAGUCAUCUCUCUCUCUCUCUCUCUGUGUUUGAAAACUAAGCACAGCUCAAAUAAAACGAAUUUGAAACUCGGAGAUUUUGAAUUUUUUUCUGCUUUUUUUGAAAGCCUUUUUACUGCUUUAUGAACUCUGUUUUUUCUCUGUUUGGAAAUUUGCGUUUCCUUAAGAGGUUCCGGCAGUGAAAAAGAAUGGGAACGAGUUGGAACGAAGAGGUAACGAUCUGCUACUCAUUGUGCUGUCAGGAUCGACGAUCCUCCAAGCACAUCCGUGACAACGUUCACGGCAACAUCUACCUUUAUAAGUUCUUCUUAAAAUUUGUUGACACGGAGCAGUUUCAAAGACUUCGCGAUCUAAAGCAACUUGGUCUUUCGCACAUGGUGUACCCGGGAGCUGUUCAUUCUCGCUUUGAGCAUUCACUGGGAGUUUAUUGGCUGGCUGAUGAAGCUGUCCAUACAAUUAAAGCUCACCAAGGCUCGGAGAUCAGCAUUAAGCGUGAUAUCAACACAGUAAAACUUGCUUGACUUUUGCAUGAUGUUGGACAUGGACCGUUCAGCCAUCUGUUUGAGCGCGAGUUUCUUCCUCAGAUGCUUAAUGGAUAUGAAUGGUCUCAUGAGGACAUGUCAGUGAAGAAGAUUGAUUACAUUGUUGAUGAGCACAACAUUGAAAUAGAUGCUGCAAUGCUUAAGAAUGUGAAGGACAUGGUACUUGCUAGCUCUGCAAAUGCUUCACAAAAUACUGUGAACGAAAAGUGUUUUCUGUACGACAUUGUUGCAAAUGGUAGGAAUGGAAUAGAUGUUGAUAAAUUUGACUACAUUGUACGUGACUCUCGCGCUUGUGGCCUUGGCUGCAAUUUUCAGUUUCAGAGGUUAAUGGAAACAAUGAGAGUGAUGGAUGACGAGAUAUGCUACCGGGCGAAGGAUUAUCUGACUGUCCACAAGUUAUUUGCUACUCGAGCUGAUUUACAUAGAACAGUUUACACACAUGCUAAAGUAAAGGGACGCUGCAACUAACUCUGUUUUGUCCAUAACUUCAAAAUGUUAAUUCUGUCGUAUUUGGAGCCUAUUUUUAAGAAGAAUUUUUAAUCAGUAAAUGUAAUGGCAUUGAUGCUUUUCCACUUUUUCAUAUUUCU